CUCUAUUUUUGUAAAUGGACUCGCCCAUGAGCUUUCCCUUGUGUCAGUCACCAUGGCGGCAUACAGCAGAAAGCUGUGGCCUCAUCGUCACUUUUAAACCUAUCAUAAUGUUUUUUUUAAAGGUUGCCCUUCUACAUGUAUAGGUUUAUUAUGUAAAACAAAUGGACAACCGGUUACUGUCAGGAUAGAUUUCCACUUUUUUCUUUGAAGGCGGAUACAUGAUAUUGUGGCAAACGCAAAAAUGCUGAAGAUCAGUGGAUUGGCUUUUAGUGUCGGUUUAGAUAAAGGAACCGUUUUACCAUAAUACAAAUUGUGCAGCAACAGAUCUACUGUGUUGGAAUCUGGAUUCUUCGAUCCGCGCCUUGAUAGCAAGUUUGUUUGGACCGGUGGCAGCCUUCUGGUAUCGGUUUGGGGACAUAAUAAACCCCGAGGCUCACAUUGUGGCCUGGCGGGGGGGACUAAUUAUCAAUUCUUAGCACACUAGAGUUUUCUUAGUGGAUAACAAAGUGGGAACAAAGAUUGUGGCUUGGUCUGUGCAUACCCAGACCGCGAACAUUAAAUUGUCAACAAGAUAAGCAAUUUAAUUGUUUUUAACGCGUCUUCAAAACAAUGGCGUCUUAUGUGGAUAACAGUUUUCGUCAAGCUGUGAUGAUGAAUCCGGCGGAAAGAACGCAACAGGACCUGGAGAUAGUCUACUCCUAUCUGCAUGGAAUGGAGGCCCUGUCUAACCUCCGAGAACACCAGCUGAGGAUAAUGUGUGAGACAGUGCGCUAUGAAAGGCACGAAGCCAAUGAAGUGCUCUAUUACCCGGAUGACAUCGGAAGCUGCUGGUAUAUCCUACUGUCCGGGUCUGUCUUCAUCAAGGAGUCCAUGUUCCUGCCAAGAAGCAGUUUUGGGAAGCGUUCUGCAGGGAGCCUGAGACGUGGAUGUGAGUGCAUCGUUCUGGAACCUUCGGAGAUGAUUGUGGUGGACUAUAUGGAGGAAAAUGAGGAGUACUUCCAGAGGCAAGCAUCACAUCGUCAGUCCCGCCGCAGGUUUCGCAAGAUCAACCAGAAAGGCGAGCGGCAGACCAUCAUCGACACAGUGGACCCGUACCCCACCGGCAAGCCACCCAUAGUCAGGGGAUAUCACACGGAAUGCAGUAAAGCUCAGCUCCCCGCAGACUUCAGCCGACUCCACCUGGCCGACGGCUUGCACCCACAGGUGACCCACGUGUCUUCCAGCCACUCAGGAUGUAGUGUCACCAGCGACUCUGGAAGCAGCAGCCUGUCAGACAUAUAUCAGGCCACGGAAAACGAGCCAGGCGACAUGGACCUCAGCGGCCUGCCCGAGACCGCCGUCGACUCAGAGGACGACGAUGACGAGGAGGACAUUGAGCGAGCGUCGGACCCCCUCAUGAGCCGCGACAUUGUGCGGGACUGCCUGGAGAAGGACCCAAUGGACCGCACCGAUGACGACAUAGAGCAAUUACUGGAGUUCAUGCAUCAGCUGCCAGCGUUUGCCAACAUGACCAUGUCUGUGAGGAGGGAGCUGUGUGCCGUCAUGGUGUUUGCCGUGGUCGAGCGGGCCGGCACCAUCGUACUCAAUGACGGGGAAGAGCUGGACUCGUGGUCAGUGAUCCUGAAUGGCUCGGUGGAGGUGACGUACCCUGAGGCCAGGCCUGAGAUCCUGUGUAUGGGCAACAGCUUCGGGGUCUCCCCUACCAUAGAGAAGGAGUACAUGAAGGGAGUGAUGAAGACUAAGGUGGACGACUGUCAGUUUGUGUGCAUAGCGCAGCAGGAUUACUGCUGCAUCCUCAACCAGGUGGAGAAGAACAUGCAGAAGGUGGAGGAGGAGGGCGAGAUAGUCAUGGUCAAGGAGCACCGUGAGCUGGACCGCACCGGCACCAGGAAGGGACACAUCGUCAUCAAGGGCACGAAGGAGCGUCUGACUAUGCACUUGGUAGAGGAGCACUCUGUGGUGGACCCCACCUACAUCGAGGACUUCCUGUUGACCUACAGGACUUUCCUCUCCAGCCCCAUGGUCGUGGGCAACAAGCUGCUCGAGUGGUUCCACGACCCAAGCCUCAGGGACAAGGUUACACGGGUAGUCUUGCUGUGGGUGAACAAUCACUUCAAUGACUUUGAAGGCGACCCUGCAAUGACUCACUUUCUUGAAGAGUUUGAGAACAAUCUGGAGAGAGAGGUCCGUGUCUCAAAAAUGUACGGCCACCUUAGACUGUUAAACAUUGCCUGCGCUGCUAAAGCCAAACUGCGACUAGUGACACUGACCAAGCCAUCCAGGGAGGCCCCACUAGCCUUCACCCUGCUGGGAGGCUCCGAGAAGGGCUUCCGCAUCUUCAUCGACAGCGUGGAGCCUGGAAGCAAGGCCGCGGAAGCCGGCCUUAAACGAGGAGACCAGAUUCUGGAGGUGAACGGGCAGAACUUUGAGAAUGUCCAGCUCACGAAAGCCAAUGAGAUCCUGAGGAACAACACCCACUUGUCAAUUUCUGUGAAAACUAAUCUUUUAGUAUUCAAGGAGCUCCUUGCCCGACCAGAGCACGACCACGAGGCAGAGGGUGAGGAGCCGCCAGAGGUGGACCGCAAGAAUGGCGCCCCGGCACACCUGCCCAAGAUCGGGGAUAUCAAGAAGGGCUCGCGCUACUCCAUUCCUGACCUGGCGGUGGAUGUUGAGCAGGUGAUGGGCCUGGAGAAGGCCAGCAAGAAGGCCAAAGCCAACACGGUGGGGGGAAGGAACAAGCUCAAGAAGAUCUUUGACAAGACGCUCACCAGCAUCCUUCCCCCAAAACCAUACAACGACGUGGGUGUGGGCCAGUCGCAGGACGACAGCAUCGUGGGCCUGAAGCAGUCCAAACAGAUUCCGGCCGCGCUGCCAGUCAGCGGCAGCCUGUCGUCCAGCAACCCUGACCUGCUGCAGUCCCACCACCGCAUCCUGGACUUCAACAACCAGCCUGCCCCAGUCGUGACGAACAUGUCAGACCAGGUGCUGCGGGUGUUCAAGGCAGACCAGCAAAGUCGAUACAUUAUGAUCGGUAAGGACACCACGGCCAAAGAGGUGGUGGCCCAGGCCAUCCGGGAGUUUGCCCUGACUGCUGUGCCCGAAGCCUAUUCCCUGUGUGAGGUGUCCAUCACGCCGGAAGGCGUCAUUAAGCAGCGCCGGCUCCCGGAGCAGCUGUCCAAGCUGGCAGACAGGAUACAGCUCAGUGGCAGAUACUACCUGAAGAGCAACAUGGAGACAGAGACCCUCUGUUCGGACGAGGACGCCCAGGACCUCCUUCGUGAAGGCCAGAUCUCCCUCCUCCAGCUGUCCACCAUGGAAGUAGCCACGCAGCUGUCCAUGCGCGCCUUCGAACUCUUCUGCGCCAUCGAGCCCACCGAGUACAUCGACGACCUGUUCAAGCUCAAGUCCAAGACGGGCUCGUUUUGCCUCAAGCGCUUCGAGGAGAUCAUCAACCAGGAGACCUUCUGGGUGGCGUCGGAGGUGACCCGGGAGCCCAACCAGCUCAAGCGCAUGAAGACGGUCAAGCAUUUCAUCAAGAUAGCUCUCCAUUGUAGAGAGUGCAAGAACUUCAACUCCAUGUUCUCCAUCAUUAGUGGUCUGAACCUGGCCCCAGUAUCUAGACUCCGGGGCACGUGGGAGAAGCUGCCCAGUAAGUACGAGAAGCUGUUCGGGGACCUGCAAGACCUGUUUGAUCCAUCCAGGAACAUGGCCAAGUAUCGCAAUGUGCUCAACAACCAGAACCUCCAGCCUCCCAUCAUCCCCCUGUUCCCUGUCAUCAAGAAGGACCUCACCUUCCUGCACGAAGGGAACGACUCUAAAGUGGACGGCCUGGUGAACUUUGAGAAGCUGCGGAUGAUCGCCAAAGAGAUCCGCCACGUGGGUCGCAUGGCCUCCGUCAACAUGGACCCAGCGCUCAUGUUCAGAACCAGGAAGAAGAAAUGGAGGAGUUUAGGUUCUCUUAGCCAGGGCAGUGCCAACGCGGCGGUGCUAGACGUCACCCAGACGGGCGGGCACAAGAAGCGGGUGAGGCGCAGCUCCUUCCUGAACGCCAAGAAGCUGUACGAGGAUGCCCAGAUGGCCCGCAGGGUCAAGCAGUUCCUGUCCAACCUCAGCCUGGAGACCAACGAGGAGGCGCUGCAGACCCUCUCGCUGCAGUGUGAGCCCUCCAUCAACACACUGCCCAAGAAUGCUGGUGGCAGUAAGAGGCCAGACACGUCUCCGGUGGUGUCCAGGGCUGCCAGCCAGCAGAGGGGCCAGCUGCAGAAGGGCAACCAGGCCCUCCAGGUGCCUGCUGUGGCUCUCUAUCCCUCACGCAAGAAAGUACCCGUCAAGGACCUGCCUCCAUUCGGCACGAGUUCCCCUCAGUCGUUGAAGAAGAUCCUGUCACUGUCAGAGGAGGCCAGCAAGCGUCAGACUGAGGACACUGUAACAUCCAACAACACCUCGCAGCUCUCCUCCCCGCCCACCUCACCACAGAGCUCGCCCAAGAAGGGCUACCCCAGAACAGGAGAUGCCUACUCAGACUCGGGUCACAGCGAGAUCUCAUCGCGCUCCAGCCUGGUCAGCAACUCCUCCUUUGACAUGGCCCAGGAGGAGAGGAGGGGGCUCAGGCACUCCGGCGGGGUGGGAGACCCUCACGCUGGAGGGGUGCGUCUGGAGAGGAGGGCUACGACAGACCCGGACCAGUACAGCCUCGGUUCCUACUCGUCCAUGCAGGACUGCCGGGGUCUGUAUACCAGUGCCACGGUGCUAUCUCCCAGCUCUGAAGAGCUGACCCAGGACCAAGGGGACCGUGUCUCCCUGGAUGCUGCAGACAGUGGCCGCGGCUCCUGGACCUCGUGCUCCUCGGGCUCCCACGACAACAUCCAGACCAUGCAACAGGGACGCAGCUGGGAGACCCUGGCCUUUGGGCCGGGUGGUGUGGUCAGCGUGGGUGUCCAUCCUCCCGGGGGGCCUGAAGCGUUUAUAGGGGUCCCCCCUGGACUGUGGGCGUCUCAGGCUAGAGGGAGCUGGGCAUCGGCCUCUUCUUCAUCUUCCUCUGCGGCGUACUGGGGCGAGGACUCGGAGGGUGACACAGGCACGAUUAAACGCAGAGGCGGGAAAGACGUGAACGCUGACCCGGAGACGAGUAGUAUCACGUCCAUGGGGUCUGACGAGGCCAAGCAGCACGGGAGGCCAUCGCCCAUCACCGCCGGCAACAAGGGUCUUAUCAUACGAAAGGAGAGCCGGUACCGCGAGCCCCCUCCCACCCCGCCAGGCUACACCGCACUGACAAUCUCUGACUUCAGUGAGGGCCAGACGCAGUCGCCACCCCCGCCCACGGCCCCAUCCCACUCUGGCCGCCGCCCACCCGACUACUCCACUGCCCUGCAGCGCUCGCGCAUGGUCACCCAGUCGCCCGACUCCCAGCAUCACCACCAGGCCCAACAACACCCAGGUUCCGGAACCACAAAGCGCCAUGGGCUCCACCGCACCCGCUCGCCAGACGAGGAUGAAGAGCCGGAGGAGGAAGAGGAGGAUGAACAGGUAUCAGCAGUCUGAGAGAGAACUGUCUUCUGCUGGAUGACUUGAAGUCGCUUCCAUGGAGCCGGAAAAAAAGACACUGAUGGCCGGACAAAGCAAUCCAGUACGUACGUGCCUGCCUCCUGCAUCGUACGCUCCCUCCUGAUUGGUAGACUCCUCUGCUCAUCUCCCUCCCCUGCCUUAAAGCAUUAUCAGGGGUUGAAUAACCCUGCUUGAAAAAAUACUGUGAAGAAGGAGAGACAGAAAAGAAAGAUACAAUGCCUGGCACUUUGGAAAAAAGAAAAACAAGUCAAACUGUUUUGCUGGAAAAACAUACGGCGACGCAUGACAACCACGCUCACACACACACAGGUGUCCUGGAACAGCUUUCCAAGACUAUUAUCCCAACCCCACCUCACUUUACACACAGCAUCAUGACGUGUUGAGCUUUGUCUGCACUUUUUCUUUUUCUACUUUAUAAAACGUGAACAAAACGGACAAUGAUGAUUUAAUAAAAGAACAUUGAUCGAUUUUGAACUCUUAAGGAUUUUCAAAUUCCUGCUAGGUUUUUGGGGGUCUUCUUUCCAGAACUAUUGCACUCUGGGGGUAAAAGAGACUAUACCCAAGUCUCAUAUCUAUGGACUCGGAAUGACAAAUCUGUCAAAAGGCUGUUUUAUUCCUUAAUUACAGUAUUAUAUCUGGUUAUUCACAUAAUAGACAUGACCUAGUGGUGGCUCCACCCCACUGUUAACUGGACAGUCACAAUGAGAGAAAUAAUUGUUGGUUACCCCAAAUUAUUUCUCUCAUUGUGACUGUCCAGUUAGCAGUUGCAGUUUGGCUCCAGCACUUUUCAGUAAAACCUUAAGUUUUAGUACAACCCUCCAUUCCCAACCCUGGCCUGGAUAUCGGUCUCUUUUUCCAAUACGACCAGCCACAUCUUAAGUUCUAGGUCAUAUACAGUAACGUACAGGUUUAACGGUAGCCCAUCUGGCAGGACCUAGCUGGUUGGCCAGUCCCAUCUCCGAUUGUAAAACCUCUUCUAUUUUUAGUGAUAGAUAUGGCUGCCUAUAGUUGUUCAGCUAGGCUGGCUAGCUAGCUAGCUACCUAGCUACAUAAGUUGGCAAACAUAAAAUAAAUAUCCCCCCCCCCCCCCCCCACUGUAACACAGGUAUGUUAGUCGGCAACACGUGUUUCAGAUGAUUAACUCAAGUUAGCUAGGUAGCUUGCAGGAAAUAUAACAUACUUAGCUAGCCACCGUGUUUGUCAUCUGCCCUCUUGGUGCUGGCAUCAGCUGUAGCUGAGCUUCUAGCUAAAUCAAACUCUUCGCUAUAUUCCGGUUGAAACAUAUGGGUGAAUGUCAUCAUGUAGGUAACAAAAAUGCUCCAUCUUUGAAUUUGUGUUGAUGAGUUAUCACUGGAAGCCAUUGUGGUCUGGUCAGUUUUUUUCAAUUUUGCCUAAAGAAUUGUGUUGUUAGUGUCCGCCUCUCUUUCAAAAAAGCCUGCCUUGGGGGAGGGACGGGGCCAGAGCAGGAAGCAUUGCCCACACACAUUUUAGUCUUUCAGAGAUUGGAAAAAAUGUCAGCUUGUAUAUUUAGCAAUGAAUCCUCUGAUAGGAACAUCCAGGUUUUAAACUGGAAGGUCACCUGGUGACUUAUAUUCAUUCUAUAUUUAGACAGUAUUGUUUUGGACAACUAUGUGAGAUUUAUAUUGGCUUAGUCUUGUCCCUAAUGGUGAUGUUGAAAGAUAAGUACAGAGGUGAUUUAUACCUGUUUUUAAAAUGAACCAACUUGGGGACGUGUUUGAGUUAUGCACCCCAAAGGCUUGAAUCCUAUAGAGGUGAAUGGAGUCUCGGAUCUUUCAGUGGUGCUGCAAUCUGCUGUUGCUACGUCCAUUUUUGGACUUAUAAAUUAAUGAUAUAUAUCCAUUGAUUCUUGAAGAAUAUAACUUAUAAAUGCCUCAUGAGCUUAGUUUAACUUUCAAACCCCAUCAUACCCCAAAAUAGAAUCUUGUUUUACUUCAAUGUUUGGAAAUGUAAACAGACAUUGUAUAGCCUAAAAAACAUGCUUAAAACUCAUUUUGAUAUCUUGAUUGGUCAGUCCUUGCAUACAUAUCUCUGUCUAUUCAUUUGAGUGGUUACAUUUCUCCAGGCCCACCCCUAAGCUUUUUAGAAAAACAGAGGCGGUGUGAAUGCUUUAUUGUUUCAACUAAGGAUUGCCCUUUUUAAGACUGAACUAGAAUACACGAGAAUGAACUAAAAUAAACCUUCUCUCCAACCUUGCUGUUGGAGACAUCCCUUCCUCGUCAUUGCAAAGCCACUUGGAGAAGUCCUCCACUGUUACAGGCAGCAAGAUCAGUGGAUGUACAUAUGAGUAGGCAAUGCUAGCGUAGAACAAACCUGUUAUCCACUGUUUCGCAACAUCAUUGGAAUUGACUGAAGGUUAUUGAAUAUGUUUGUUUUUUGACUCCAGUGGGGAAGAUACCUAGAUUAAAUAAUUAACUUUGACGGCUGCUAAUCAGAAUCAUUAGUAAUCAAAUUGUGAAAGUGUCACUUAUUUUAUCACUGAGUUGUGCUGAUCACAUUGAUCAGUAGUAAAACUAUAGACUGAGAAGUAGAAAUAAACGAGUGCAGUGUUUUUCACUGUGGUUUGUCAUUACACUAUAAUCAUUUGUCAUGUUUUUUUGUUCAUGAUACAUUUUUUCUAUGGCUGCCAAUAGAUUGUCGAAUGUGUUUGUAAUUCAGUGGUAACAUGCAUCAUCAUCAUUCACUUUCCUUCAACUCUUUAGCAGGCCAUGUUCUAUUUCGAAAAACAAAACAUUGCACAACAAUGUACAAGCAUAAAGAUAAUUGUAGUAGGUAAGAACUGCUACUCGGUUUGAUGUGAUGUCAAGUGAGAAGUGUAUAUUUAACUGGUGAUGAUUUCUCAUACUUUCUUGUACUACUUUGACCUGUAUGUCUUUUAAAAAGACAAUUGGUGGAGUAUGUAUCGGUAGUUUUUUUUGUAUUUUUAAUACAAUAAUUGUAAAUAUUGGUUAUAUUUUUGUUGAAAUGUACUAUGUUUAUGCCUCAACAUCCAGUUUGUAUGAAGCUGGGAAAUCAAUAAAUACUACAAAAGUGAUCAAUUCA